GAGGAGCCUAGACUCUCUUAAAUACCCGACAAAGGGAAAUAAUUCUGUAGGAACUAAACCAUUGCAUUUGUUUUAAAGACCCGUGACAGCCAUGCUAUAUGCUUGCGUGCCAAAUAGCGGGCUUGAUAAUGACAAGCACUUAGCACGCUUGUGGUCUGUCUGUAAAGUGUGUUGGUUUUAUGUGUACUAGUAGAUCUAAUUAAUUCUAAGCUUUGGUUACAGUGUUCUAAUUCUUCCUCAAGAAUUUGUUUAUUUGUUUUGGAUUCUUCAAUUUAAACACGAUGGUCUAACCAAUCUUUAACAAUCACCGCAUAAAAACACACAGUAUAGUAAUAAGGAUUAUAGCUGUCCAGAUCAACUCGAUCGAACUGAUUCACUCAUUAUGAGCAGGCUGAGAGCAGAGGUUCCGAAGUUGUCUCCCUUUUAGAAAUGAUCAAGAAGAGAAGUUACCUCCCUUUAAGAAUCGUGCUUCAGCUUUGAGAACCGAUGCCCACGUACUGUAUAAAAACAGGGGAAUUGCAGCGUAAGUGUAAACAACAAGGGUUGAUAAUCAAGGCUACAAUUACAAUAGAACCAGGGGAGAGUAUACUGUUCAAAGAAAAUUACUCCCCCUUCUUUCGCCCAUUCUCUCUCUGUUCCUUCCUGAUUACGUGGAUCUGCAUUGACAGUAACAACAACUGCAAAGUAAUACAGAGUACAAUGAGUUAUACAUACUUUGAGGUACACUAUUAUGUAUUUGCAAUCUGAACAGACAACGUCAUGCAGAGAGCAGCAAGGGCAUUAACUCGAAAUACAAGGAAAACAUAGCUCGUUCUUAAAAUUCAAGCAGUACUAUAGAUUAGAAGGACUGAUUUUGUUCUUGAAAUAAAAAAAAUGAUUACUACUAAUAAUAUUUCAAAGACUAAAACCGCUAAAGUGGUUCAGCAAAAUGGAAUCUCACCCAAGACUCAUACGACUUCCAAGACUAACGGCCAAAGAUUGGAACCUGUCGACACACAGCGCUCUGCCAACGUGUCUAACUCAUCCAAGCCCGUCGACAGGGGCGGCAGCGAAUACGACAAAAGGGUAUCCUUCUUUGAGGAACGCCCAGAUGCUCCUUAUGGGGACCCGACGUCACCCACGUCUUCAAACGGCGCCCCAGCACGUCCCCAACGGGUGUCGUCCGAAAGAGUCUACCCGGAAACGGCACGUGAGACUGGCUCCAGCUCAUCAGACGCCCCUCGCCAGGGCUCCCUCACGUGGAGAAAGGCGCCCAGCGAGCCGGUGCUCUUCGUCUCAGGGGCAGAGAGGACUUUCAUGUCGGCUGACGACUCGGUUAUAGACCAGCGAGAACGCUUUGGAAGUAGUAAGAACGGGUUUGAGUACGUGCCCUCGGGACGCAAGUUCACAAGUAAACCAACAAAGUCCAGCUUUGGAAGCAACACAUCUCUGUCCACGGCCACUGAAAGCUCAGACGACUCGGACGAUGUCUUCAACGUUAUUCUCAGAGUUCGGCCUUUAAACACGCAAGAAACUUUGAGGCGAGACAAAUUUGUUGCAGACUUCCCUGGUGAUGGCCAGGUGUCGAUCAACAACUCUGGUUCCAUACGAAACUUUCAGUUCAACGUCGUUUUUGAGCCAGACGCCACUCAGGAGGACGUCUUUGAGAAUUCUGGCAUCAAGAAGCUGGUUGAUGCCGCCUUGAACGGGUACACAUGUACUGCGUUUGCUUUUGGUCAAACCGGAAGUGGUAAAACUCACACCAUGACAGGCCCGCCUGCCCAGUUUCACACAGAAGGCGUGACCCCUGACCCUGCAAUGUACGGAUUAAUCCAGAGGUGCUUCAAAUAUCUCUAUCAGUCAAUGAAGAAGCUAGGGACCCCGAGAGUCAUCAAGGCGUCGUUUCUAGAGGUGUAUAAUGAACAGGUCAUAGAUUUGCUCAACAAUAGUCAGAGGCGCUACCUGACAGUUAGGUGGAGCAAGAACAAAGGGUUCUAUGUCGAGAAUUUGUUUACAGUGCAAUGCGAGGCACUUGACGACCUGAUGGCGGUCCUAGAAGAAGGUUUGAGAAACAGGCAAACAGGAUCUCACGGGUUAAAUGAAUUCUCCAGCAGGUCUCACAGCGUUCUGACAGUGACUGUUGACUCUGAGACUCAACCGGAACCAGAUGAUGAGAACCUGUACGUCACCAAGAGAGGGAAGUUGUCCUUUGUGGACCUGGCCGGGAGUGAAAAAGUUCGAGACUCGAAUAUGAACGCUGGCCCAGGGAUGACAGAAUCGAACAGCAUCAAUAAAAGUCUUCUUGUCUUGGGUAAUUGCAUUUCACACCUGUGUGACCCAAAGAAAAGACAAGGUCACAUACCGUACAGGGACAGCAAAUUGACCAAACUUCUGGCAGACAGCUUGGGCGGAAACGGAAUUUCUUUAAUGAUUGCUUGCAUCACUCCAGCUUCCUCUAACGUCACAGAAACAAUGAACACCUUGAGGUAUGCGAGCCGAGCCAAGAAGAUUAAAACAAAACCGACAAUCAAAAUGGACCCCAGGGAGAAACUCAUCGUCUCGCUAAAGAAAGAAAUUAAAAUAUUGCGACAAGAAAAUCAUUACCUGAGGCAGCAGCUGGAUUUCCCGGCCAAGCCCAGAGGCCAGUUACAGAAAGAGAAUGACGAGAAAUUCCAACAGUUCAUGAAAGAACAGCAUCAGAAGGAGUCGGGUCUCUAUGACAUGCUGCAGGAGUAUAUGGUCGAGAACGAGAACUUAAGGGCAGAGAACUCCGACAUGCACGCCACGAAAGAGAGCUCUCGAAGGGAGCAGCAAAUCUUGUACAGAGAAAAUGAAAAACUUCUCAGAAGAGUUGAGGAACUUGAGAGAAUGAUGGCUGAAAAUCCAGGUACAUGGACAUUACUUGACCACCACCGGACAGACGGCUAUGGUCAGCAGGAUCUCUCACCUAGAGGAUCUCCGGUCAUACUAGCAGGCAGGAGUCCACCCCAGAGAACCACCAUUAGACCGGCGGGAAGUUCUCCCUCGAAAAUACCGGCACCGAUGUUUGGGCAACCACAAAAACCACCUCAUCGGUUACCAGACCACGUGGUACGCCCGGCUCCCAGGCCUGUGGAAUACAUUGAAGACAAUAUUUACAAUAAUGACAGGAAGUCACCAAGACAAUCAACGUUAGUGAAACAGGGAGUUACUUCCCCUAUAUUUAUAGAAAGAAGAGCAUCGCAAACGUCACACACUGACAUGAUUCGAGAUCUGAAUGACAAACUCAGGCAAGACGUGAUGGACCUGGACGGCCAGAUACAAACCCACGCCAGGAUGGUCACAAACAGCAACCAUUACAGAUGACGUCAUUAGCUCCCCAUUCCCCCCGUUGUUUUUAAAUACAUACCACAAAUGUACAUACAUUUUUUUAUAUAUAUGAGCUUAUUUAUUUAUCAUUGCACAUUGUACGGAAUUAACUGUUAAGCAAAUUGUUUUGAUGUUAUAUAAAGUUGUUGUUUUUACAGCGUUGAUACAUAAAAGACAGCAUAAAACAAAGUGAUAUCAUAGUAAAGAUAAAUCUCUAUCUUGGUAUGACAUAAAGUUAUAUCUCGGUAGAGGAUAGUUAUAGUAGGGUUAAAAUGCUCGUAGACAGUAAUUGGCAUAUCGUUUUGCCUGAUGAGAAAUGCAGCAAAACAAAAAAAGUCCAAAUUAAAAUUUUGUUUCAGAAUUAAGAGAGCUACUCGUAAUUUCCAGACCAGUGAAAUAAAGUUUUAUU